AUGUUCGCAAUUUGGGCGCUUCUUCUCACGUCUGUGUCGGCCUUUUUCUUUGAUUUUGGUGGACAACAGCAGCAUCAGCAACAGCAGCAACACCCACCAAUUUCAUAUGAAGAUCAAGUUCUGAACAGUGAUUGUGGGGAGUACCUCUGCCCCGAUACACUAGCGUGUGUAAAAAGAGCUGAGGACUGUCCCUGUCCUUUUCCGAGAUCUCAACUGAGAUGUGCGCUUCCAGAGGGCCAAUAUAUUUGCAUUUCCAAGCCUGCGACGCAGGACGAAACGCUCAAUGCGCUGUAUGAUGAUCCUGCAAAGGGCCCCAGAACUCGUUCGAAGGGCUUGAGAGACUGUGGGUGGGUUGAAAACGCUUUUAAAGGCUCGUCUUGA